GCAGAAUCAUCUUCCGGCAUGUCUGCGCCCGAACCCCUGCCGCUCGGCCCUGCCCGAACGCCGUCGGUCCUCGCCCGGAUGGUGCCCUCUGCGCGGGCAAGCCGCCCCGAGCUCACCUGGAUCCAAAUCAUCCACAUGGAGAUCACCGCCGUCACCACCGCGAUGCGCAAGAAUGCUCGCUGGUCGCUCUCAAGCUACGAUUCAUUUGCCAUCCCCAAGCUCCACAGCGACUACGAUUACUGCGCCGACAGCGCUGUCCACGGAGUCGACGGCUUGGAGUCGGUCCUCGAAUUCACCUCUGCGGUCCGCAAUGACCAUGUCGAGCUCGACAGCCGUCUGUCCACACUGGCCGACAAUCCAACCCUGAACCUGCUCCAUGGCUUCGCCAAGCUCAAGGCUCGUCUGACCCUGAUCCACGAUUUGCGAGACCUGGAUCCCUCGGACCUUCUUGCUCCAUUCCUGGAUAUCAUCCGAAGCGGAAACACCACCGGCCCCAUCACCGGGACGGCGCUCAACAGCAUCGAGGCUUUCAUCAAGUAUCGCGUUCUUGAUCCCCACCACCCUUCGCUGCCUGCCGCCAUGGCUCUCCUGACCCAUUCGGUGACCCAAUGCAAGUUCCAGGCGACAGACGCUGUCUCGGACGAAGUGGUCCUUUCACGAAUCUUGAGACUGCUUCGGGUGAUUGUCGGAUCCGAUGCCGGGCAGAAAAGUCUCAGCGACAAGGGCAUCUGUGAAAUGGUCGAGAUUUCGUUUGGCAUGUGCUUCCAGGUUCGAUCGAGCGAACUUCUCCGCCGAGCUGCGGACAAAACCCUGAGCAAACUUGUACAAGCCCUGUUCGAGAGGCUCACGACCAUUAUGAAAGCCAAGGACCACGACAAGCGUAUGCGCGACCUGUCGCUCGGAAAGUACAAAAAAGAAAAGCCCGAGGGCCUGUCGAUUUCCGCGCCGCUCACCCCCUUGCCCAGCAACCGGGCCCCGGCGCUGCCUCUUAUUGCAUCACCGACCGUCUCGUUUCCAUCUGAUUAUCACGUCUUGAACUCGGCUGGUGUCGAAGAGCCGUCGUCGGAUCUGGAGCGCCAAAAGUCUAUCCGUUCGACGCUGUCCGAUGGCGGCGCCACCUCUGCGGGCGACUACGGCGGCUACGAGAAAGAAUUCCAGCCCUUUGGCCUCCCUUCAAUCCUGGAGCUCGUGCGUGUGCUCGUCACUCUCAUUGAUCCACGCAAUCGUAACCACACCGAUAGCAUGCACCGUAUGGUGGCGCUGAACUUGCUGGCCACCGCAGUUGAAGUCGGUGGCCAGUCCCUCGGGAAGUGGAUUGGGCAAGGCACCCAAUACACCAAAGAGCGCAAGCUGCGCGAAGCAUCGCAAGCUGCGGCUGGACACCACAGUCAUCACCACCACGGUCACCACGGCCAUCAUCACAGGACACCAAGCAGCUCUGGCGGGCUUCCACUUCUCGGUGACAUCAAAAUUACCACGCAGGAGCCCGUGAGCUCGGUCGUCAGCGUGGGUGUGAGCGAGGAACAGCCCGGGACCACCAAGGCCACGAUCAUCCUCAACAGCGAGGAAGACACCACCCAAGUCGUGGAUGUCGCCAGCCCACCCGCGCAGGGACUUCAGGAACCCGUGGCCCCGCUCUCGGCCAUCGAGUCAGAGAAUCCAGAGCCCAAUCUGCUUCCGCCCAUCGAUACUACCGCAGACGAAGAUGCUUCAGACGAGGACAAAAUGGCCCUUGCCGUCAAGGACCUGGUCCUCAAUGAUUUGUGCAAGCAUCUGUUCCAGUUGCUCCAAAAUCCAAACGUUACGGUCCAGUCGCCGCCCUCGGCCACGACGCUGUCAAUUCUCAACGUCACCCUCCGGGUCAUUGUUGCGCUGUUCCAAACGGAGCGAGAGCACUUCAAGGUUCAACAGGAGUGGUUGCUCCAGUGGCUGAUGAGCAAGGUCGACAACGGCCUCGUUGGCUGGAUGAACAUUGACGAUCUCAAGGACGAUGCGUCCCAGGUUGCCACGGGCUCUCGAAGCUCGGUUGCUGAUCGCUCGCCGUCGGUGUUGGGGCUCCAAAAGACCGGAAUCCUUGUUGGAGAAGUCCGCGAGCUUGUGCUCGACACCAUCCUGCAGUUGUCGUACUACCCGCACUUCAUGACAGAGCUCUACAUCAACUAUGAUGCCGAUCUCCUGUCGGCAAGGCAUCUCUUUGAGGAGCUCAUGUGGUUUCUUGCUCGGAACUCCUUCCCGGACAUGACUCCCAACGGCCCCAUCACAGCAGUGACACAUCAAAUCAUAUGCUUCGAUACGCUGCUCAUGUUUAUCAAGCAUCUCGUCGACAGAAGAAAUGUCAUCGAUGUUAGCUCCCAUCCAGAGGGUCUGUCUCCCGAACAUAUAGCUCAUAACAAGACGCGCAAGCGUGUCUUGAAGGAGGGAGCCGAUCGCUUCAACAUCAAACCCAAGGAUGGCAUCGCCUUUUGGCAGGAGAACCACUACCUGCCUGCUGAUCUCACGCCCCAAAGCGUGGCAGCCCUGCUCAAGACGACCCCUGGCAUCGAUAAGCGGCUGCUGGGCGACUACAUCUCGCGACCCGAUAACCUCGGUGUCCUCAAGAGCUUUAUCGAGAUGUUUGACUUUAACGGAAAACGCCUGGAUGAGGCUCUGCGGCUUCUGCUGGAGAGUUUCCGACUUCCUGGCGAGUCUCAACAGAUUGCCCGCAUCAUGGAGACCUUUGCCGAGAUCUAUUUCCAGACUAUACAAGGAAAUCCCGAAAGGGACAUCGAGACCCAGGACGCCACAUAUAUCCUGUCGUACUCGGUCAUUAUGCUCAACACCGACCAGCACAAUCCUCAAGUCCGACGACGAAUGACGUACGAUGACUUUUGCAAGAACCUUCGCGGCGUGAACAACGGCAAGGACUUCUCAAAGGAAUAUUUGCUCGACAUCUAUCAAACCAUCCGAGAUUACGAAAUCGUUAUGCCCGAGGAGCACGAGGGCGAUCUUGGCUUCAAUUACGCUUGGCAGGGCCUGCUCAAGUCGUCCGAAACUACCACGCCUUUCAUCUUUAACCGCUCGACCGCCUAUGAUAAGGACCUAUUCCUGCUUUCUUGGCGCGCGAUUCUGGAGGCUAUCAGCUAUGUGUUUGAGAAUGCAGAGGACGAUCUUACGAUCCAGAAAGGAAUCGUCGGGUUUUACAACUGCGCUCUGCUUGCAACGCACUUCAAUCAAUCCGAUGUAUUUGACACGAUCGUGGACACACUUGCCCGUGUCUCGGGGCUGUUGGAGUCCAACGGCAAAUUCUCGGGGACCGACCUCGCAUGGGGCGACGACCGUGGCUCCUCCGGAAAGAAGGUCGAUCCGUGGGCCAUCGAAUUCGGCAGGAACACCAAGGGCCAGAUUGCAACGGUGCUGCUGUUUUCGUUGGUGUCCGAGCACGGCGAUGUGGUCGUCACUGGCUGGAAAAACAUCAUGGCAUGCCUCAAGAGUCUCUUUGUGCACAACCUGAUUCCGGCGAACUUGGUCGAGGUCGACGACUUCCUACGUGGUCGGGUCAAGAUUCCGCUGCUGCAGCCGCCUCCAGUCGAAAGGCCCGUCGUUGAGGCUCGCAGGGAUACUGCCGGCAUAUUUUCGACUCUCCAGCAGCUCCUGUUGCUGGCUGGCCCCACUAUCGAUGAGCGCGUCGACGAGUCCCCACAAGAGUCCGAUCUCAAUGCCGAGCGGCGGGCGACAGAGUGCAUCGCUGCAUCCAACAUCGAGCGUCUCUUUAGCGAGAGCCGAUUCCUGGAGACACAGACGCUGCAGCUGAUGAUGCGCGCCAUCAUCGAGUCCUCCUUCGUCGAGGAGUCGGGAUCCGCAUCGCGAUCGAAUCUUUCAGAGCAGGCGGCGAUCACACAUGAUCCUAGUGGAAACUCGUCAGCACCCGAACCGCACGAACUGAACCCGUCGGCUAUCUUUUUGUUCGAGCUGCUGGUCCAGGUCACGAUCUUCAACCGCGAUCGCCUGCAGGUUGUGUGGCCACUUGCCUUUGAGCACAUCAAGACACUCCUCGGCUACAAAGCGGGCUUCCGCACCGAUGCUCUGCAGUGCCACAGCGCCUCGGCUCUGCUGCGUCUGAUAAUGCGUCUGGCCCAUCACCAAGACACAAUGCCCCAGGUCCUGCAGUCACUCGACUUUCUCCUGGAGCUUUCCCCAGACACCCUAGCCACCAUUGGCGAGCCGCUGAUGGCUGGCCUUGUGCAGCUUGUCCAGACGCACUCCAGCCUGCUUGUUUCGUGCGCCAAGUCCGACACCAUUUUGGCCCUGCUGUCCAAAUCCAGCAUGAACCCGGCCGCGGCUGGAUAUGGCUUCCAAGUGACAACAUUCUUGAUUUCGGAGGGAUCCAGCAGCAUCGUCUCCAGCGACAACUUUUCGGAUUGUGUCGAUCUGCUGAUCGGCUAUUCGGUCGCCUCUGGGGCACUGCUCCUCGCUGGCAGCGGAUCUGGCUCUGGAAAGCUAUCCGAGUCCGAUCGCAAAAGCCCGCGUCCGACAGUACCUGCUCAUGAGCGCGGCAAAAGUCCUCAUGUCCACGCCGCGAUUGAACGAUCGCUCAAGAGUCUGGAGCGCCUCUACAUGCUACAUACCCGAAUCCCCGAGCUGAUCACUCAGACAUCGAUGCGUCCCGAGCGGGCAUGGUUCGAGUACUGGCUGCCGAUUCUGUCUGGCCUUGAGCAGCAAUGCUACCACCCGUCGCGGGAGGUUCGACAGGCCGCUCUGACUUAUUUGCAGCGCGCGCUUCUCUCGCGGGAGCUGCUGCUGGAGGGCUCGAGGCUGGAAUGCUGGAUCAGCUGCCUCGAGAAUGUCCUCUUCCCCCUGUUGGAGGAGUUGCUCAAGCCAGCCGUCUUCAAACUCGACGAGGCUUCGAUGGAUGAGACACGGAUGCGGGCCGUCGGUCUGCUCUGCAAGUUCUUUUUGAACUUCCUGCCCCGAUUGGUGAGCUCGAGGGAGCUUGUGGGCUUGUGGGGACGAAUCCUGGAGUACAUGAAGAGCUACCUGGACGUGGCGUCGAUGCCUGACAAUGUCGGACGCACAGGAAUUCUGUACGAGGGCGUGCUGGAGUCCCUCAAGAAUAUGCUGCUGGUCAUGUCCAUGCAAGGCGUCUUCCAGUUCACCGAGACUGGAAGCCCGACAUCGAAUCUCUGGAGCUGCACUUGGGAGCAUCUCGAUCCCUUCUUACCCGGUCUGAGGGACGAGCUGUUUCCUCCAGGCGGCGAACCGCCCGCGCUGAACCCCUUACACCCCGUUCUCCCGCACUCUCCCACGGACGAGCAUCCACACGACUUGCUCGCCCCCGAAGCGCCGCUCUCUGUCGAGGUCCAAGUCGAUGCUGGGAGCCAUGACAAUCAAGUUCUGGUGUAGACAGCCUCCAAGCCAGCCAACAGCCCGAAAUGACCGCGCGGUGCCAGUGCAAGCAGCCGUGGCCACGGCUCCGACAGUCGCCCACAAAGCCCCUUGUGCGUAUAACACAACCGAUGAAGAGAUGGUACAAUA